AUGGUGAAGUGUAGAGGACAGUACGGGCCAGAGGACUGUCAUACGUCCGUCAUACGUCCCUCAUACGUCCCUCAUACGUCCGUCAUACGUCCGUCAUACGUUCCUCAUACGUCCGUCAUACGUCCCUCAUACGUCCGUCAUACGUCCGUCAUACGUCCGUCAUACGUCCGUCAUACGUCCGUCAUACGUUCGUCAUACGUCCGUCAUACGUUCCUCAUACGUCCGUCAUACGUCCGUCAUACGUCCGUCAUACGUCCCUCAUACGUCCGUCAUACGUCCGUCAUACGUCUGUCAUACGUCCGUCAUACGUCCGUCAUAUGUUCCUCAUACGUCCCUCAUACGUCCGUCAUACGUCCGUCAUACGUCCGUCAUACGUCCCUCAUACGUCCCUCAUACGUCCGUCAUACGUCCGUCAUACGUCCUUCAUACGUCCGUCAUACGUCCGUCAUACGUCUGUCAUACGUCCGUCAUACGUCCGUCAUAUGUUCCUCAUACGUCCCUCAUACGUCCGUCAUACGUCCGUCAUACGUCCGUCAUACGUCCCUCAUACGUCCCUCAUACGUCCCUCAUACGUCCCUCAUACGUCCCUCAUACGUCCGUCAUACGUCCGUCAUACGUCCCUCAUACGUCCCUCAUACGUCCGUCAUACGUCCCUCAUACGUCCGUCAUACGUCCGUCAUACGUCCCUCAUACGUCCGUCAUACGUCCGUCAUACGUCUGUCAUACGUCCGUCAUACGUCCGUCAUACGUCCGUCAUACGUCCGUCAUACGUCCCUCAUACGUCCCUCAUACGUCCCUCAUACGUCCGUCAUACGUCCCUCAUACGUCCCUCAUACGUCCCUCAUUCGUCCCUCAUACGUCCCUCAUACGUCCGUCAUACGUCCCUCAUACGUCCCUCAUACGUCCCUCAUACGUCCCUCAUACGUCCCUCAUACGUCCCUCAUACGUCCGUCAUACGUCCCUCAUACGUCCGUCAUACGUCCGUCAUACGUCCCUCAUACGUCCCUCAUACGUCCCUCAUACGUCCGUCAUACGUCCCUCAUACGUCCGUCAUACGUCCGUCAUACGUCCCUCAUACGUCCGUCAUACGUCCGUCAUACGUCCGUCAUACGUCCCUCAUACGUCCCUCAUACGUUCCUCAUACGUCCCUCAUACGUCCGUCAUACGUCCGUCAUACGUCCCUCAUACGUCCGUCAUACGUCCGUCAUACGUCCGUCAUACGUUCCUCAUACGUCCGUCAUACGUCCCUCAUACGUCCCUCAUACGUCCCUCAUACGUCCCUCAUACGUCCCUCAUACGUCCGUCAUACGUCCCUCAUACGUCCCUCAUACGUCCGUCAUACGUCCGUCAUACGUCCGUCAUACGUCCCUCAUACGUCCCUCAUACGUCCCUCAUACGUCCCUCAUACGUCCGUCAUACGUCCGUCAUACGUCCGUCAUACGUCCCUCAUACGUCCCUCAUACGUCCGUCAUACGUCCCUCAUACGUCCCUCAUACGUCCGUCAUACGUCCCUCAUACGUCCGUCAUACGUCCGUCAUACGUCCGUCAUACGUCCCUCAUACGUCCGUCAUACGUCCGUCAUACGUCCGUCAUACGUCCGUCAUACGUCCGUCAUACGUCCCUCAUACGUUCCUCAUACGUCUCUCAUACGUCCGUCAUACGUCCGUCAUACGUCCGUCAUACGUCCCUCAUACGUCCGUCAUACGUCCGUCAUACGUCCGUUAUACGUUCCUCAUACGUCCGUCAUACGUCCCUCAUACGUCCCUCAUACGUCCCUCAUACGUCCGUCAUACGUCCGUCAUACGUCCCUCAUACGUCCCUCAUACGUCCGUCAUACGUCCCUCAUACGUCCCUCAUACGUCCGUCAUACGUCCGUCAUACGUCCCUCAUACGUCCGUCAUACGUCCGUCAUACGUCCGUCAUACGUCCCUCAUACGUCCCUCAUACGUCCGUCAUACGUCCCUCAUACGUCCGUCAUACGUCCCUCAUACGUCAGUCAUACGUCCGUCAUACGUCCCUCAUACGUCCCUCAUACGUCCGUCAUACGUCCGUCAUACGUCCCUCAUACGUCCCUCAUACGUCCCUCAUACGUCCCUCAUACGCAACAGCAGAGCCCAGGUGCUGUGGUCCCCGAUAGACCGAGGGAGAUCCACACUGGACAGUCCUGGUCUGGGCUGGGGGCAGACCGAGGGACCUCGAGGUGACAUGGAACCGAGGCAGGUGUCUGAGCUGGAGCAUGACCACCUGCUGCCCUGGAGCACAGCACGAGUUCUGAACCAACAGACUGAGGUAGAUGUCCCAGCCGCCCAACAGGAAAACCUCUCCCUGCUUCCAGAGCUUCUUUACCGUGUUUUAGUGUCCUGCGCCGGGACAUGA